AUGCCCUCCGGUCCUCCUUUAUGCGGUCUUUUCACCUGUCUAUUAAGCCUGUUAACAUGUUCCCUGCUCUUAUUGUAAGCCAGACGGAAGGGAAAUUUCUGAAAUUAAAAUUGUUUUCCACCUUUUCGGGUUUCAUGCUGGAGUGUUAAAUUUAAUUUCCUCUCAUAUUUUUGGCUCUUUGGCCAUCCUUUACUCGCUCUCAUAUGGGCCAGUGACCCUUCUCCGAUUUUGAAUACCACCAUAAUACUCUUCUGGAAAUAUGUUGUGAAAGCCCUUUUUUGUUUUUGGUUUUACAAAAGUGCCCAGACUUGGCCAUAAACAUUUCAUUUCCUAUUUGAGGCACGCCCUUGAAUUAUAAGCCGGUGACGCAACGAUCUUCACCAAAUUCCUAUUUCCCUCACUCAUCUGUCGGUUUAUUUUUGUGACUUCAUCGAGUAAUUUAGACGUGGCCCCGGAGUAAAUUUCCGGUGUGCGGCGCCCAGGAGAGGAGGAGGAAAAGGAGGCCAUCUGACUUUUGAGAAGGGCAUUCACAUACAUUUCAUGGCCAAUGUGGCGGCAUUCCGCGACUCCGCGCACCCUGAGUCCGUCCCUUUUAUGAUCAUGAAGUCGCCCGGGCCUCGUCCUCAACCCGCACCCACCUCUACUGAUGGUUCCACCAACUCUCUACGCUCUCUACCUCAAGGGGCGUCGACCCCAUCAAGUGCCGGGACUUCGGGUUCCACUCCGGCCAUGGUUUCUCCCCCGAACCAUGUGCUCCCUUCCUUAGCCGGUACUGGACUCGAACGGGCUUUCCAUUUGCUAGCAUUUGGAGGGAAAUGUGGAUCUCAUUGGCAUCAUUAUACUGCCCAGACGAUACAAACAUCCAAGGUAUUCAUUAGAUAUGUAAUUUAUAUAUUUUUUUUUCAGCCCGCUUCCUUGAUGAUGUUCAACAAGAAGUCGAAUGUAAAGGCCCCAGCCAGAAUUGGUCGAAUAAACCGUCUGGCUUUAGUGGAUCUGCUUAAGUAUGGGGCCAGCCAGCUGUCCUCGCUUUCCCAUCCUCGGCUUCUCAAAUGUCUAGGACCGUUGACAGAAUCCAAGUAUGUUAAUGUAGAUGGAAGGUGUUCUGAAAUCAGGUUUACUCAAAUAUUAAUGUUCCUGCUGAAUUACGAGUUCCUCAUUAAAUUUUGAUUUUUCUAUGGAUACACAGCCUUGCACUAUUAAGAAUUAGGCCUACUUUUUUCUCAAAAGCCAUUAAUCCACCUGUUUUUUGAAAUGAUGACCAUCCAUAAAAUAUGAGGACUAGAAAGUGUAUUUUUAGAGAAGUUAUUUGCCUUCCCGUUGAGCCGAUCCUCGGCACCCUCGACACUUUCCUUGAAAUUUAUACCCUGGAAAGACUCGAAAUCAAAUUGGGAAUCCUUCAGGUAAGGUUAAAGUCAGUAUUUUGUGACAACAUGAUUACACUUUAGUUGAUCGAUGGUCUCUCUUAUCUCCACAACAGUGCCAAGAUUCUACAUGGGAAUCUGAAUCCCCAAUCCGUUUACGUGAGUUGUUCCCAGCAAUGGAAGAUUGGGGGAUUUUCGUUCUCCGUCCCCGCCAAGAAGGAAAACAUGUUCCCUUGUUACUCCUGGAGCAAGAAACUUCCUCCCGAGCUGCAGCCAGAUCUCGAUUUCCUGGCCCCCGAAUACCUCGCUCCCAAUAACAAUCACGUGUCAACCUCGGCCGAUGUUUUCUCUCUUGGAGUUCUGAUCUGUUGGAUUUAUGCGGAAGGAACGAAGAUAAUCGAUGCCCGCAAUAAUCUGGACAGUUACUCCAUUGUGGUGGAUCAGUUAGAUGCCGCUUUGGAGGUGAUUUCGGAUAAACUCGGGAACAAUUUGAAGGAAUCGCUGUUGAAAGUGCUCAGUAAAGAAGUAGAGCAACGACCAGCAGUUCAAAUGUUGGCUUUGGUAAGCUAAUAUAAAGUGAACGCUGAACGGGGAAUUGCAGACAAAACACUUCGAUGACACUGGUCUGACCGCCAUUCGCCAGUUGGACGACAUUGCACAGGAGUUUGACCCUGCCCACAAAUCACAUUUCCUGUCACAGACACUAGUUGCCGCACUUCCAGAAAUCCCUGAAGUAUGUAUUGCAAACCAUUUACGAGUAAUCAUUUUAGAAAAUAUGGUUCACCAGAGUCAUGGCCAGGUUCAAUGAGAAUCUGUAUGAUUCGGCCGAGACUUUCACCGCAUUACUGCGUCCUCUGGCAUAUAUGUUAAGUCAUUGUGAGAGUCAUAACAUUCACAAAUUGAGGCCAUGGUUUCGUCAUAUUCUUGAAAAGAUCCCUGGGGAUAUUACGGUAAUUCUGAAGUGUAUUUCAAGAUUUUUAGUUAACCCAAGCUAUAUUCGAUAACAUAUCAACCAUUUUUCGUCGUCUCAACGACGAGAUGGUGGAAGAUAAAUGCCUGGAGAGCAUUCUUCAUCUACUGACGUGUAAUGAAAAUCAUCUUAAACAAGCCGCCCUCAGGGCAAUUCCUCAUAUUGCGGAGUAUGUUCCACUUUGGUAUAUCAACAAGAAACUGAUCCCUAUUUUCAACGAAAUGUCUUCAUUCUUCGACAAUCACGUGCCUGUGAGUCUUAAUUCAAAAAGGUGUUUCUACUCCGCGAAGAAAGCCACUUUUCGUUGAAUCUUUCGCUGCAUUUCCGGAUUCAACGCACUGUAGCUCUUGACAAAAAUUCUAAAUUAUGUUAACAUCAAGUGAUUUGGGCUGUUAAAGAUUUAGGCAGAUUAACCUUGUUUUUUUGAAAAAACAAGCCUAUAGUGGCCGUGGUGUUACAACAAUAUUGAAAAGCUCUAAGUUUGACAAUUUUUUCUUUUUUUUUGUAUAGAAAAAAUUCGUCUAGUAUAUAUACAUACUUGAUUACAUAACUUUCUGUAGCGCCAAAUUGACCUCCUUGUCGCCAUCGCGCAUCUGAGCGACCGUUGCGACUCUCUGACCUUGUAUAACCUCUUGAGUGUCGCCUCUUUGUGCACAAAACAUCAUCCAGCCAUCGUUCACAGCAAAUCCCGCCUGGUGCAAAGGAUUAUCACCUGUGAUGUGGGGAGGCUCAAGGACACAAGCAUAGUGACCAGUCAUCUCUUGGCUCCUCUUGUCUCCGGAUUGGCUCUUCCCGAAUUGAGUUCCGCCCAUUUUGAUGACGUCAUGAGUUCAGUGAGGAUCUUGUUGGACAUAAUCGAACAGAUAAGAUACGAAUCUGAUGAUCACAAAAUGAGACCUUCAGACGGAGGGUAGGUGGCCCUGGAGGGUAGUGAUUUGUGUUUAGAAGAUUAUGCAGUCGAAGAGUGAGUAUGAGCAGCAAUCAUCUCCCCCGGCUGCUGAUUACUGCGGCCCGGCCUUCUUUUAGUGGAGACGGUCGGAAGAUGUCCUUUCUCUCUGCUGAUGGACGAUUGGAAGAUCCGAGACGACGAGAGUCGAAAGACUCUCGGGGAUCAAUCGAAUCAGAUGUAUCGUUGAAGAUAGGGAACGGAAGUGAUGUGUCCGACGAAAGCCAAGUAAUGCCCACAGGGACAGAGGUCAGGAGGAAGUCUUGGUUGGAAGGAUACAUGCACUCGGUCUCUCUGGAGCAGGGCUCGCAACUCGAUGUGGGAUUGAAUACGUGAGAUUUUUACAAACAAGAUUUACUGUUUGCAAACUUUCAACAUUGUGUUUUAGGGUCAGGAAACAACGACAAAGUGAGCGACGGUCAAGGACAAGAUCCCCCACAAACGAGAACUCCGAAGCCAGGCCUGCGAGGCCCAAUUCCUUCACAAAUCUCGGUCAUAAUCUCGUAAGUCAUCAUUAAAAUAAAACAUUGUAAUUAUAUGUUCAUCAUUUUUUCUUCUCCCAUAUUUGUUUUGUAAUCCAGGCCAAUUAGAUCCGAACGGAGCUUGCUUUGUAGAUGUUGAACACGACUCAUUUCCCUCUGACCCGAAUCUUUCAGGCGUGUACCCUCUGGAAAACCUUCUACUGA